AUGUUCACUACAGCGCGCUCAGUCAUCUCCACUCUCGCCUUCUCAAUCCUCCUUCUACCGGCCACGGCGCGUGUGUUAUGGAUUCCAGAAGAGUUCGACCCUCUGGAAGCCGACUACCACCUACAACCUCGAGAUGUCGGAAAGUGCGGCGGCGACUCAUCUCUCACUUACUGCGGUGGCGGAUAUACGUGUCUGGCCCUCCAGACGGGCGUAUCGGUUACGGCGGCCAUGUGCUGUCCCGAAGGCGGAAACUGCGCCCAGAUCAACCCGAUAUCCUGCGAUACCAGCCUUCAAAAUACCACAAUCACGCAGCUGCACGCAGACCCACCGCAAAAGUUGAAGUCGUGCGGGACAGCUUGCUGUCCGAUGGGUUACGAUUGCAAGAACGGACAGUGCGUUGCGAAAACCACACCAAAGCCACCAGCGGGUGCACCGAAACCUACCAGCCCGACAACAUCUUCCACGGCAACGGGAUCAUCGCCAUCAUCAUCGACUACAUCAGCAACAUCGAGCAGCACGACGUCACCGUCACCGUCCAAAACAGCUGCUGGUGCUGGUGCUGGUGCCGCUGCGGCUGACCAGUCUUCUCCUUCGCCAUCAUCAUCAUCCGGAUCUGACUUCAACGGCAAAUCGUUCGCAGCUGGUUUCGUUCCAGGCAUAGCAAUCGGCGCGUUCAUUGCGGCCUUGAUUCUCAUGUUGCUCUUUCGAAGAAAGAGAGGCGAAUCCGAUUCGUAUAUCGACGAGAAAGGCCGAGGUCGGGACACCCUUACCGAUCUUGGACCGCUCGAGUACCGCCGGCCGACCAUGCACGGCCGCUCCAUCUCCGAACCGCACGCAGACCCAUCUGCAGGCCACCGGACCGACUUCCUGCGCAGCACACCUCCACGCGCCGUUGGAAACGUCGGCGCAAUGCAGAAUGGCUACGUCGUAGACGUCCACUCCCCUGCCUCAGCCAGCCCACCAAAAGUCCGUGCGCUCUUCUCCCACUCGCCAUUUAUGCCCCAAUAUCCCUCCACCCCACCCUCCGUCCACCCACCGGUCCCUGCACACCUCAAACGCGGCACCCUCUCCUUCAAGAUCUCGCCCAUCCGAGUCCUCAAAAAGCAGAAAAGUAUGCACUCCCUGCGCCGUCAAAUGACCGACGCCUCCGCCGGAACCUCGAACAGCAGAAACGAUGGCCGCCAUCGCAGACCACGACCGGAGCACAGCCGCAGCGCUAGCACGGAGACUAUCCAGGUCUUGAUGCCUAGUAACGAACCCUACACCCCCGAGCGACCGCUGGAGAUGCCGGAGCAUAUCCAGACGCUGGCGUCGACUACGUAUCAACCGCCUAGCUCAUCUAGUGGCAGCAAUAGUACUUGGAACUCGAGAACGAGGGAGAGUCCGGUCGAUCGACAAGCGCCGUAUGCGAGUUCGAGUCGGUAUCCGAGUGAAGUGCAGCCAACACCUACGCGGCCGCCGGUGCCGAGGAUGCCGACGGGGAUGGCUGGGUUGGGAUCGCCUUAUACGCCUACGAAUCACAAGGGCAGUUUGGGUGGAGGACUGGGGGUCAAGAGGGAGAGCUUGAGGAGGCAGACGACGUUUAGUGAAAUGAUGGAAAAGGCAGGUUUGAGGAGGAGCGAUUUGAUGAUGGGUGGGAGAUGA